GUGGGUGUUUGGAAGUGACCUCUUAACCUUAACGUUUGAGCUAUCUCUCCCAAGUCCUACCCCCCACGCCCCUCCACCCCUGGUAGGGAGUAGGGUUGGAAAAAAAAAUCAAGAUCUAGGUCCCGAGGGGGCCCAUUGUGUCUGUGUUGUUGGGUUUUCCUUUCCUGCCCUUUCCUCCCUACAGAGCACCCAGACUGUCAGAACAUUACAGACAGGCUGUAUCCUGUUAGCAUGGCCCACCCUUGCUAUCAGUCCCUCCUUCCCCUAGGAGGGUUUUGGUGUGCUCAUCUGUUCAGAACCUUCCUGGCUCAGUUCUUGUUUCUGUCUUCUACAUGGUUCUAUUUCUCAUAUAGAACACAGCUCACUUCAUUUACCUCUGUUUGAGGUUGUUUUUUUUUUUAUUCUGAUUUUGGUGGUUGACUGACUCUCCCAUGAGUUGCGGCCCCACCUGGGUUUAGUUUUACUUUUCUGUCUUGUCUUUGUUGACCUAACUUUUCUUAUAAAUUUGUAAAACAUUAACAAGCCAAACAAAAACAGUUCCAAAAAUCCGGGCACAUCUGUGCACACUUGUCUUCCCGUCUCUCUGCAGUAGAGGCAGCAAGGUCGGUGCAGGGCAGCCUGGGCUACAGAUCUACACCCUGUCUCAGAAGAAAAAGCUUUGUGGAGUUCAUGCCCAAGCUCCUGCCCAGACCCUCAGCCCAUUAAACCAAACCAAACCAAACCAUACCACACCAAACCAAACCAAACCACACCAAACCACACCAAACCACACCACACAAAACCAAACCACACCAAACCCAAACCAAACCACACCAAACCACACCACACCAAACCAAACCACACCACCCAAACCAAACCACACACCACACCAAACCCAAACCAAACCACACCACACAAAACCAAACCACACCACCCAAACCAAACCACACACCACACCAAACCCAAACCAAACCACACCACACCAAACCAAACCCAAACCAAACCACACCACACCAAACCCAAACCCAAACCAAACCACACCACACCAAACCACACCACACCAAACCAAACCCAAACCAAACCACACCAUACCAAACCAAACCAUACACCACACCACACCAAACCCAAACCAAACCACACCAUACCAAACCACACCACACCAAACCCAAACCAAACCACACCAAACCACACCACACCAAACCAAACCCAAACCAAACCACACCAAACCCAAACCACACCACACCACACCACACCAAACCCAAACCACACCACACCACACCAAACCCAAACCACACCACACCACACCAAACCCAAACCACACCACACCACACCAAACCAAACCACACCAAACCACACCACACCAAACCAAACCCAAACCAAACCACACCAAACCCAAACCAAACCACACCACACCAUACCAAACCCAAACCAAACCACACCAAACCAAACUAAACCAAACAUCCAAAACCUAUCCCAGGAACCAUUCCUUCCCCUUCUAUGUUGCAUUCAAUGCCUUGUGUUACUUAUUUCCCUAAUUUCUGGGGGUAUCCACCUCUAGAUUCUUUUUGCAAAGUUGUGUGUGUGUCCACAUGCAUGUGUGUUUGCUUCUCUCCAUCUGUUACUUCUCUCUCUCUCUCUCUCUCUCUCUCUCUCUCUCUCUCUCUCAAAAAAAAAAAAAGUUUACGUAUGUGAGUACACUGUAGCUCUCUUCAGACACACCAGAAGAGGGCAUUGGAUCCCAUUACAGAUGGCUGUGAGCCACCAUGUGGUUGCUGGGAAUUGAACUCAGGAACUCUGGAAGAGCAGUCAGUGCUCUUAACUGCUGAAUCAUCUCUCUUUAUUGAAAAUAUGUAGCUACUUCCAAGGAGCUAGAAAACAGAACAGCAGGUCAUGGUAUAUGUUACUCUGUGAAUUUAACAAAGUAUCGGAGGUGGGGGAUUUUAUAGAGAAAGGAGAUCAUUGAGCUCACAGUGGUGGAGGUGAAGAAUCCAAACCGCACAGGACUGCUUUGCCUAGGGCCUUCUUGGUCCAGCACAUCAUGGCAGAUGUGGGUGGAAGACAGGCAUGGAGGAGAGGUCAAAUCAAGGGAGAAGCAGAGGGCUGCACCUGGACCUCAGUCGUUUUUGAGGAGAUCCACCUACUUCAGGAGAUGGUUGGAGCUCUCAGCACAUCCUCUACUUCUGCUUAUACUGCCAGGGAAGAGGCCAAGACCAAGAUGGGCAUGCUGCAGGAGCGUGCAGAGAAGGAGCUGGCUCAGAGUGACACAGAGGCACAGAUCCUACUGCGACAGAUAUCGCAUCUGGAGCAGCUGCACCGAUUCCUCAAGCUCAAGAACCAUGACCGACAGCCGGAUCCCGGUGUGGUGCAAAAGGAGGAACAGCGAGCAUGGGAGACCUCAGAAGGACUCAGAAAGACUUCCCAAGAGAAGCUAGUGCUGCGUUACGAGGAUACUCUGAACAAACUGGCCCAGCUGACCGGCGAGAGCGACCCGGACCUUUUGGUGGAGAAAUACCUGGAGUUGGAGGAACGCAACUUUGCUGAGUUUAACUUCAUCAAUGAGCAGAACUCGGAACUAUACCAUCUUCAGGAGGAGAUUAAAGAGAUGCAGGAAGCCUUAGUCAGCGAGCAUGCCAGUCAGGAUAAGCAGAGCCUGGAGCGAGAGCAGCAGUGCAAAGUGUUGCAGCAGGAUGUGGAAAAAGUGUGCUCUGAGUCGGAGCGGCUGGAGGCUCGCUUCCAGGUUCUCCGAGUUCAGCUGGAAAAGAUCAAGACUGAUAUCCAGGUUCUCUUCGACAAGGCUCAGUGUGACAACAGUGUCAUCAAGGAUCUCCUUGGGGUCAAGACCUACAUGCGGGAUAGGGACAUAGGUCUCUUCCUGAGUACCAUUGAGAAGCGGCUGGUGCAGCUUCUCACGGUGCAGGCCUUCCUUGAGGUCCAGAACAAUGUCCCUUUGGCUGAUGCUGCGCUUCUGGCACUGGGUCAGAGCAUACAGGAACCCCCAAAGAAGACUACCCCACUCAAGCCUCCUGACACCAUGGAGGACUCCUCAGGGGUUGUAAUCAAAGACGAUUACCCUAUGAGCAAGGAGGAACUGCUGAGUCAAGUCAUGAAGUUGGUGCAGCUCCAGGAUGAGGAGGGGUCUCCAAAGAAGCGGGACAGCAGCCCAAGUUUGACUCUUUCCAGCCCACGCAUCUCCUUAGCAGCUGCCUCUGUGCACGCUAGAAAGGCCAGCGUAGUCCCUGAGUCUAUCCUGAGCCACAAGACAGGCCGAGGCCGUGGCACUGGCUCCAUAAGCCAUGUCACCUUUGGUGACUCUGCUUCUGCUCCAGGCCCUGUGACCUUGGCUUCCACCAGUGCCAGUGGACUACCUGUGUCCGGCCGGGGCUCUCAGGGGGGGCGUGGGGCCUUCAAACACACUAGCUCCAGCAGCUACCUGGGGUCUACUGGGUAUCUAGAGACCAGCAGAGGCCGCGAGAGCGGGACAGGAGGCGGUCACAGCCAAAGCAUGGGAUCCGAGAUGAGUAGAGGCUUCAGCUCCGGCAGUGGCCAGACAUCCAGUGCUGCCCCCGCCUCCAGGCCCAGCUCUGCUACCAGCAAGGACUCGAGGGGCUAUAACUAGGGUUGCAGGUCCCCUUCUGUCUCAACCCUUGGCAGGUUUUCUAAUUUGUGCCCUGCUCUUCCCCAGAGACUCCUUUCCAAUCCCUGUAAGCCCAGGCCUCUUGAGCUUCCCUCCGUCUCUUCCCAUCUGCUCCCAUCGUUACCCUGCCUUGGCCUUGACUCUCUGUUGCCCUCCUCCUCCUCCUUGCUUCCCGUCUCUGCCCUCCUCAACCUCUCCCCGAAGCUUCCCUUCAUCUGAUGUCUCUGUCUCCUAACUGGAUUUCCCUCCAUUGACUUAGGUGAACCGUGACAAUAGGAAAUAAAGGUCAGAGCCCCGUUUUUCCAA